GCGGCCCCGCAGUUGAGCUGUGGAGGUAGUAACGUGUUAUGGCUGCCACGUUUUUCGGCGAGGUAGUGAAGACGCGGUGCCGCGCUGGAACAGAGGAGGAGGAGGAGGAGGAGGAGUCCAGGAGAGAGACACCCGAGGACCAAGAAGUCCGGCGGCAGCUGGGGCGGAAGAGGGAAGUCCGGCUUCUUCGAAGACAGACAAAAACCUACUUGGAAUGUGCCCUGCUGGAAAAGUAUCCUUGUUCUAAGUUUAUAAUUGCUAUAGGAAAUAAUGCAGUAGCAUUUUUGUCGUCAUUUGUUAUGAACUCGGGCAUCUGGGAAGAAGUUGGUUGUGCUAAACUGUGGAAUGAGUGGUGCAGAACCACAGACACGAUCAGUCUGUCCCCCGCAGAGGCUUACUGUGUGUUUUAUCAUCUAAAAUCGAGUCCUUCGGUUUUUCUUUGCCAGUGCAGUUGCUAUGUCGCCGAAGACCAGCAAUUUCAGUGGCUGGAAAAGGUUUUUGGCUCUUGUCCAAAGAAGAACAUGCAGGUGACAGUUCUCACAAGUCGCCAUAUCACUGACUAUAAGACUUCAGAAUCUACAUGCAGCCUGCCAGCUCCUUUCCUGAGAGCCCUGAAAACACAGAAUUUCAAGGAGUCUGUGUGUUGUCCACUGCUAGAACAGCCGAAUAUUGUACAUGAUCUCCCGGCAGCAGUUCUGAGCUACUGUCAAGUGUGGCGAAUCCCUGCAGUCCUGUACCUGUGCUACACUGAUGUCAUGAAACUAGACCCUGUGACAGUAGAGGCGUUUAAGCCUGUACUUUCUUCCAGGAGCCUGAAAGGUUUGGCAAAGAAUAUUCCCCCGAGCACAGAGAUGCUGAGGAAACUGAUGACAACAAAUGAAGUUCAGAGUAACAUUUACACAUGAUUUCCAAAAUUGUUUUGUACUGUAUGAUAUUUACCAAUUCCUUGAAUGGGAGCAGUACCCAAUUUUUUUUGGUUACUUUCUUUGGGGGGGCGGUGAGGGGCAUAAGGACAGAAUAAACUUAUUUUAAAUUCA